AUGGAACACCACAGGACAACAGCCUACCACCCGCAGUCGAAUGGGAUGGUAGAAAGAUUCCAUAGGCAGUUGAAGGCAGCAAUAAGUUGCCACGGUGACGGAAGCUGGACGGAAGCCUUGCCCUCCGUGUUACUGGGAAUUCGUGCGACCAUCAAGGAGGACGCACAAACGGCAGAAAUGGUGUAUGGCGAAACGUUGCGGCUGCCGGGUGACCUGAUCGAAGGUGACGGACAGCAGGAAGUGUCGCGGUUUAUAGAACAAUUGCGGCGACACAUGCGAGCGCUGAAACCAGUAAAAACCGGAAGCCAUGGUAAAAAGGCGGUGUUUGUAUUUAAGGAUCUAGCGUCAGCGGAUCAAGUUUUCGUGAGGCGCGAUAUGGUAAAAAAGCCUUUGCAACCACCGUACGAUGGACCAUACCCGGUAGUCAGACGAGAGGCAAAGACCUUCACUAUAAGAAUAGGUGAGAGUGAUGCGAAAGUGUCGAUUGAUAGACUUAAGCCUGCGUUUAUUUUAAGUACAAUUAACUGUAGUGAUAAGGAAACCAAAGAACUGACCAAAGAAAAAAAGACAGUGCAUUUUAGUACGUAA